GAAAGAUAUUCAUUUGUGCUACUGAUUUCAAAUCGAUUAAAUUUGUCACAUUGAAUUGCGGAAAAACAAGUUUAGAUGUGUGAUUCCUCAUCUUGCCUUGUCGCUAUCUAAUAAUAUGAAGCAGCUGUUUAAUGUGUCAUAUUCGUUUGAUAGUAAUUGAUCUGAUAACUUGCUACCUGUCAUUACUGCUACUCGAGCAUCAUUUGUGGUUGUGCAAUUGAUUUAGAAAGUUCUGUGCAUUAUAUGAAAACAGUAAUGCAUUUUGUGGUGAAAAAUAUUUGUGUCCUAUUAAUUAUAUUGGACAUUAGUGUUGGUUUUGAACUAUUUGAUGAACGAGCAUGGACAGAUAAAAGACAAAAAGAUAAUUUCUUUGAUUAUAAAGAAUCAAGAGACGCAACUGAUGAGAUAAAGGAUAAUUUUAAGAGUUUCAGUAAUAACAUUGAUUUUGAGCUUUUUGAUCAACAAUCUAGUUUUAAGCAGUCAAAUAAGAAGCACAGUCAUCAUAAUGAGCAUUUUGGAAUAUUUGAUAAUCAAAAUAGACAUUUAUCUCCAAAUGUGCUUGAUUUAUUCCUCGGAACAAUAAAGAAUGUGAUCGGAAGUCAGCAACAUGAUAGAAAUGCUCAGCAUCGUCACAAUAAAAAUGAAACAAAUAAAGGAAUUGAUAUUAUUCUGGAUAGCAAUACACACAUGAUUCCAGCAGUUGGUAACAAACAGGAUUUAAAGCUUAUAUUUUUAGGGACAAAGUGGUGUGGAAGUGGUGAUAAUGCCAAAGACAUAAACGACAUUGGAUACUUUUAUCUAACGGACAGCUGCUGUCGUCAGCAUGAUAGCUGUGAGGAUACAAUAGAACCUAAUGGCGAAAGAUUUGGACUCAAGAAUCCAGGAAAAUUCACUAGGCUUCAUUGUGAUUGCGAUGAAAAGUUCUAUAAGUGCCUGAAAAAAGUAAAUACACUUGUGUCUACACAAAUUGGAAUAUUUUAUUUCAAUAUAUUAGGCCAUCAAUGUUUCAAAGAAGAAUAUCCAGUCAUGUCAUGCACAUCAAAGGUGAAAGGCCGAUGUGUAGACUUUAAAAUGAACUUGAGUGAUAAAAAAAUUUAUCAAUGGUUUGACAAUAAAUGGUUUUAGUCAAAAUGGCAUAAGUAGAAGCCAAAGACCAAAUAAAAAUCAAUUGAAUUGCUGGAAAAAUCUCAAUUUUAAGAAAAUUGCAGUCAUUGUCACAGGAAGAAAUGAAUCAAUUUUAGUUUCAUUACUCGCUAGCUUCAAAUUUAGGGCAAAAGGAAACGUUUGAAAUAGAUGCUGUUUUCCGUUUAUAAUUAAAUUCGUACGCAUUUUAUAUGUACCUAACACACUAAGCAAAUAUAUUUGGCAUAUAUUUAUGCAUCCAACAUAAAUAAUGAAAAAUAAUAAGUAUAUAAAUGACACACAUUAUCAAAAGAACUGGUUGAAAGGAUAGUAACAUUCUAAUUGCUUGAAACGAUUUGUAUUAGAUGUAUUUGCGGUCGUUGGAUGUGAUGUGCCCAUUGGAACUGAAAUAUUUAAUUAAAAGUAAUUUA